UUUUUUAAUUUCCGCUGAAUUGAACAAAUUACUUUUGGGAAUUUUCGAUUGUUUGAUUUAGGGAUCCGAUUCGCAGUCCGAUUUACCGAAACCCUAAUUUUGAUUUUGUGAUUGUGGGAGACUUAUAAAGGUUCCUUAAGAGACUCCGAUUUCGUCUGAUAAAGUGAUGCAGGUUUUUGGUGUUACAGAUCUGAACAAUGUUUCUUUGCGUGUAUGAUGGAAUUUGAGACCUGGUGGCUUUUGAUUCUGGGUUUUGGUUCGAGGUGGCUUUCAUGGAAAAUAGACUAGGUAACUCUAAUGGAGUGGGAAUUUCGAAGAAAUCCAGGUCCUUAGAUCUUAAGACGCUCUAUAAGUCUAGCAUUUCCAAGGAUUCAGUGAAUAAGAGCUUUAAAAGGAAGAAUAGGUCUGGGGAUGAUGCUGAUCGGUUGAAGCAGGACAAGAAGAGUAGGAAAGUUGUUUCUUUAAGUAGCUUUAAGAAAGUUGAUACCGGAAACGACAACAUUCUGGACAAGGCGUUCAAUGGCACCACCGUAUUGCACAGUUUGGAGGACUCCAAGAUGGGUUUGGACGAGAAAUUGUGUGACACUAGUGGGCUUCAAGGGAUUUCUGUUGGUUUGGCUGGUAGUACGAUUUAUGUUCCUAGACGCAGGAGAGAUUUUGUUGGGAGGAGUAGGUUUGAGAAUGGCCUAGUGCACAAGUCUGCAGGGGAAUCUGAUAGUCAGGAGGAGCUGGUUGAUAAUAAUAUCCCUAAGGAGAUUGGUGAAGAAUCUAGUGCUCAGCAUCAACUCUCUAAUGUUGAAGAGAAAGACUUUGACAAAGAAAUUAAAGAAUCUAAUCCAGCAGCUCAGUUGCAGUUGGAAAAUGGGGAUUCUAAUCAGACUCCAGUGAAAGAUGAUCAGUUGGUUGUUGUUAAACAAAGAAAUAGUAAUAGCAGAAAAAGGAAGUCCUCAACAUCAAACAGACGCGUGGGAAAAGAGGCCAAGUCUUCUCCAGGUGAUACUUCGGGCAGAAUAUCCAAGGUAUCACCACGAGAAGACGAUGAGGAGAAUCUUGAAGCUAAUGCAGCAAGAAUGCUGUCUUCGCGGUUUGAUCCAAACUGCACUCAGUUUCCUUCAAAUUCUGUUACUCCUGGUUCACCAUCUGCCAAUAGAUUGCAUCCAUCAACUUCUGGUAAAAAUUCAGCUAAUCCUCGGUCUGAGUUGCUUAGUUCCAAAUGUGUCUCAGAUGACACUGAUGAUAGAAUGUUGCGACCAAGGAGAAAGCAUGACGAAAAGGGUAAAGUUCGGAAAAGGCGCCACUUUUAUGAAGUAUUGUUUUCAGAUGUGGAUUCAAACUGGUUGUUAAACAAAAAGAUAAAAGUUUUCUGGCCUUUGGAUGAGAGUUGGUAUCAUGGGUUUGUGGAUGGUUUUGAUGGUGACAAGAACCUACAUCAUGUUAAAUAUGAUGAUCGUGAUGAGGAGUGGAUUAACUUACAAGGUGAAAGAUUCAAAAUUCUGUUGUUCCCUACUGAAGUUCCUGGAAAAAAUCAACAGAAAAGGCGUGGUUCAGGGUCCAAGUCUACUCUGAAAAUAAAAGGGAAUGAUACAUCCAGCAAAGAUGAGGAGAAGCAGAAAGGAAAUCUAGAAGAUGAUAGUUGCAUGGAAUCAGAACCAAUCAUCACAUGGUUAACUCGAUCUAGGCAUCGGGACAAAUCUUCCACUCCUAAGGCUGUACAAAAACCGAAAAAAUCGGAAGUAAUGACAGCUUUGGAAACUGCGAAAAUGGAUGGGGAUGUUGUUAGAGACGCUGCAGGACACACAGAUAGAUCUACUAGUUCUCCUGCAUCAUGUGAAUCACCUGGAACAAGUAGGAACGAGUUGGAAAGCUCUGGUUUUCGUAAUGGUAGCAUAUUUCCUAUUGUCUACUGUAGGAGACGACUUCAUACAGUAAAAAAAGGAAUCUACAAGGGGUCAGCUGAGAAUAAUGUUGAGGUUUUGAAGCACCUUCAUGUAUUACGAACUCCGGAUCCUGAUAUUGAGUUUAUGCCUAUUGAAGAUUCGGGGGAUCUGGAACUUUAUUGUCCAUGGAAUGACACAGAGCAAUUUGAGUUGUCCCUCAGCCAACAGGUUGUGUCCUUGAUGAAGUACUCUCUUAUGACGGAUGUUGACUGGCUUUCACGUGUUAAUCUUUCGCUUCGUCAUGGUACACUUGUGACUUUGUGGCCAAGGGUUUGUUUGGAAAUGAUAUUCCUAAAUAACAACGAUGGUUUAGAAUAUCUUAUUUUCGAAGGCUGCUUAAUGGAAGUUGUUCAAUUGAUUUUCCGUAUCUUGAUGGUAGUAGAUCAUACUAAUAAGGAAGGAGCACAAGCAACGGAUGCUGACUUGCAGUUGCCAGUUUUCUCAAUUGGUCUCCAAGUUUCUNGUAGAUUGCAUCCAUCAACUUCUGGUAAAACUUCAGUUCAUCCUCGGUCUGAGUUGCUUAGUUCCAAAUGUAUCUCAGAUGACACUGAUGAUAGAAUGUUGCGACCAAGGAGAAAGCAUGAUGAAAAGGGUAAAGUUCGGAAAAGGCGCCACUUUUAUGAAGUAUUGUUUUCAGAUGUGGAUUCAAACUGGUUGUUAAACAAAAAGAUAAAAGUUUUCUGGCCUUUGGAUGAGAGUUGGUAUCAUGGGUUUGUGGAUGGUUUUGAUGGUGACAAGAACCUGCAUCAUGUUAAAUAUGAUGAUCGUGAUGAGGAGUGGAUUAACUUACAAGGUGAAAGAUUCAAAAUUCUGUUGUUCCCUACUGAACCACCUCUGUGGGAAAAAUACCAACGAGAGCUCAAAGACUGGGAGUUGGUUAUGAGCAAAGCAAACACACAAAAUACCUGUGGGUUACAGAAGAAACAGUCACUUAUUGAGAAGCCAGCGAUGUUUGCUUUCUGUUUUAAGCCUCGAGGCUUGGAAGUCAAACACAGGGGAACGAAACACAGGUCACAGAAGAAACUCUCGGUUUAUGCUCAACAUAGUUCUGCUUUGGGAGAUUAUGAUGUUUAUAAUUCGUCAGGAAGAAGAUCUCUUGGUUUUGCAUCUGGAGAUGGGAGGUUUUUAUAUUCAAAUCAAAGCUCUGAGCACGUGAAUGAAUAUCCUAUGCAUCCUGUAUAUCCGGGAACAUAUUCCCCCCGUGAACUAGGCAUGGGAUAUUUCUCGAGCGGUAGAAAUGGAUAUCAUAGGAAUCACCAAAACAAGUUGCAAAGAAUCAAUGGGAAGAGGAACACUAGUGAACGAUGGGAUGCAGGCUAUUCUGAAUGGCCCAGUUCCAAUCAUCUCUGUUACUCCAACGGAUCUCAGCGUCUUGAUCUGGAAGAAUUACAGAAUAGUACAGACAUUGAUGAGUACAAACUGCGAGAUGCUGCUGGUGCUGCAAGGCGUGCAUGCGCUUUGGCAAAGCUCAAGCGAGAAAGAGCGGAGAAUUUGCGGUACAAAGCAGAUCUAGCGAUCCAGAAAGCUGCAGCUGCUCUCAUGUGUGCAGAGGCAGUUAAAGCUUCUUCUGUGGACCUAAGCAACAAUGUGUUAGAAAGCUCAAGCGAAGGAUGA